AAUGGAAAGGCGUUAAAGUGGCUACAUACAAGAAACGAUUUAAUGACUGUACCAAUUGAAACCCUAAUAAACGAUAUGGGGAAACUGUUUGAAGACCGCUCAACUAAACUGCAGCUGAAACUUACAUUUGAAGCCAGAAGGUGGCAAACAAAUGAGACUUUUGAAGAAUAUUUUUACGAUAAGACCAUUCUCGCGGGUAAGUUGUGCAUUGAAGAAACUGAGCUGCUGGAGUACAUUGUGGAGGGGAUUCCAGACUAUGGUUUAUGUUCACAAGCUAAAUUACAAUGUUUCCGUGACAAGUACCAACUGUUGGAAGCGUUCCACAAAAUAAGUCUACCAAAACCAGCAACACCAAAACAAUCAUUGACUGUUCGCCAGAACACUUCGAAUGAAAAAUCAACAUCAGCCGAUUUUGUGGUUUCUGCAUCGACUCGUUGCUAUAAUUGCAACUCUCUUGGGCAUGUUGCAGCUGAAUGCCGCAAACCAAAGCGGGAGCCGAGGGCGUGUUACGUUUGUGCGCAAAUGGGACAUCGAGCAGCUGACUGCUCAAUGAGGAAAACGCAAGUGCAUUAUGCCGACGCUGUUGAGGGUGAUAACGAAUACAAUCAUUAAUUGACACUGGUAGUCCAAUCAGUUUUAUACGCCAACAGUUCGUGCCACUUGUUAAGUUAAUAAAUCAAGAAAAAUGUAAAAUUUUA